AUGACAGACCAAUGCUUAUCUAGUUUGUCUCUCGCAGAAUUGAAACAACUAAUUGAGAAAGAGUACUCAGCAACGCAAAUCAACCCUGGAAACCAUGGCUCUGAAGAUAAUGUAUAUGGAUCUUCGUCAUUUCUGAACAAUAAUAAUAAUUCAUCCCAUCUGAUUACUCAAGAAUAUUUGUUGAAACAAGAUAUAUUAUCAUCACAACACCACCAUGCCACACAUUCUGAAAAGGCACCGUGGAAGGAGAACCCGCAAUAUUUUGAAAUGGUGCUUAUAUCAAAACUAGCAUGCAUAAAAAUAUUAAAUCAUUCUUUAAGAGGUGGGGAUAUAGAAAUAAUGGGGAUGCUUGUUGGAACGGUACAAGGAACUAAAUUGAUUGUUUAUGAUUGUUACGAAUUACCGGUCGAAGGAACAGAAACUAGAGUUAAUGCACAAUUGGAAUCAUAUGAAUAUAUGGUUCAAUAUAUGGAUGAAAUAAUUCAUACCGGGGGGAGUCGUAAUACCACAAGUACAUAUGAUUCAAGCUCGACGAACACAAGAAAUAUACUAAAUAUUAUUGGUUGGUAUCAUUCACAUCCUGGGUAUGACUGUUGGUUAAGUAAUAUUGACGUGCAAACUCAAGAAUUAAAUCAAAACUUUCAAGAUCCUUAUGUAGCAAUUGUGGUAGAUCCUCAUAAAAGUGUUAAGGAAGAUAAAUUAUCCAUUGGUGCUUACAGAACUUUAUCAGGAAAGGGAGAUACCAAGUUCUUUGAACUACCUCUUUUUGUGUUUGAUUCUGAUUUGAACUUACCCUUAAAAGAUUCCAAAUUGAAAUUCGAAACCCCAGUUUUCGAUGAUUCUUACGAUUCAGAAUUGUUAGAUAAAUUGAUCGAUACAGUCAAACAAUGGAAUAGUUUUAUUGACGCAAAAGAAGCAAAGGCUAUCGAAAACAAGACCGUAACUGGUCACAAAAAAGAUAACUUACCUAUAAACUCAACAAAUCAAAUCACCUCCAAUAACAGUAACGAUAUAUUACCCUCGGAUUUGAAUUGUGUAUCAUCAACAUUUAAUCAUGAAAAGAAGAUAAGAUCAGGCUCUGUGAGUAGUUCCACAUCUUUUUCGACUGAUACUGAUAGAGAUAGAUAUAUUGCUAACAGGAGUGAUAAUGACAGCGAUAUUGAUAUAAGUAACACAAAGAGUAUUGAUGGCGGGAUAGAAAGCAUGACUAGUAGUGUAUAUACUAUGCGUGAUACAAAUACAGUAAGUGCAGCUAAUACUACGACAUCGCCGUCUUUCUUACAUACUAGACAGACAUCCUUAGAUAAUUCACGGUCAUCACAGCGAAGAGAUCAUAUGAGUGGAUCCUUGUUCAACAGUGUAAGAACUUUACAUGGUGAGUUUUCAAUGAGAUUGGAUACCGAUACUUUAGAGCGAAAUGAUUACAAGGUUCAUAAGAAGAUGUUACUGGCGUCCAAAACGAGAGAAUAUAAAAAGUUGCGCUUUUUUAGAGAUACUUUUACCUUAUGA